CUAAAUGAAAAGAAGGGGACAGAAGGCGGGACACGGGGAAAUUGGCCAAACCCCUCUUUCUCCACCGGCAGCCACCCAAACCAACCGACCACCGGCGAAGCCACCAUUCUCCACCGGCGACACAGAAAGUGGGACAAGCUGCUUCCUCCACAAUCCCUUCCCUGACGGCGAGCCGUAGCGCCACCAUUCUUCUCCCGAUAUCGCCAUAGCCACCGCCUCCAAGCUCCCCGUGAAGGCGUCGCCGUCACCGACCUCUCCCUCUCCAUCUCUCUGUGGCAUGGAGGGCCUCCGGAUUCACCUCGAGUGGCCACCGAUGCCCUUUUUCGAUCAACACCGCAAGGCCACUGCUGCUUGACGAUUCAGAUCUGCCUCCUUCUGAUCUCUCUGCUUUCCUCAGUCUCUGCCCCUGCCCCGAUCUCCCUGUUUCUGACAAACCAGUGGUGCUGCUGCGAGCUCAGGUCGGGAGCUAACAUCGGCCACACUCUUGCUCCGACAAGCCGCGACCCCCUUUGGUUAUUGCGAGAGAGAGACGUUAGCCGUUCUGCAGAUUUUGGGGAGAGAGAGAGAGACUUUAAAUAGGGGCAAAAUGGUCAAUUUAUCCCACCGUUAAACCAAUCUGUAAACGCCCAUCUGUACAAAUAGCAUAACUCUUACCAGAAUACCAUCCCAAAGUUGACGACCUUAGAAGAGGAGGUGCUCUUAUUCGUCCAGUGCAGUUUCUUAUAUCUGCAAUGGCCACAAGUACAGUGGUGCAAAGGAAAAAAGAAAUAUUUCAACUGCUAAAAGAUGACAAAGUAAGAAGUAUUAUUCUUUAUGGGGAAGCUGGAGUUGGAAAAACAUGGACAGCUAGACAGAUGGCAAAUCUUGCAAGAAAGAGUGGCAAAAUUGACAUUGCUCUCUGGGUAUUUCUGAGUAGAGAAUAUGACAAUGAUGCUCUUCGUAGCAGUAUUGUUUAUCAGCUGUCCCUACAUUCCAUCACAGGGUUCCUGGAAUCUGAGGACAAUCAACAGCAGAUGCCUGAAUCACUGGAAGGAAAGAAGCUUCUUCUAGUGUUGGAUGAUGAGGGGAGCAAAAUGAGUGAACAACAAAUUUUCAGUCAAUUAGAAACCUUGUUGAAGCUUCCACAACAAAACUACAAAAUUCUAAUCACAACAAGAAACAAUCCCAGCAGUGAUGCUGAGGACAGGAAGAUAAUUGAGGUAAAAUGCUUAUCGGGAGAGGCUGAGGCCAAGGCCUUAUUACACGAAAAACUGGGGCCUGUGGUUUAUGAGGUUCCAUGUAUCAAAGUUUUAGCUGAACAAUUUAUUGACAUUAGCAGACCCUUGCCUGCUGCAAUUAUCCUGAUGGAAAAAGCCAUCAGAUACUUUGCCCAACAGGAUUCUGGGGUUCAGAAGUUGAGACAUUAUCUGGAGGAAACACCUGGCAAUAAAAUCUAUGACACAAGACAGUUGCUGCGUUGUGGAUAUGAUUUGCUGCCCAACGAAAUUUUAAUUGAUUGUUGUUGGAGUGGUAGCCACUUCUUCCAAGUUCGUCAACGCGUGCAUUACAAAGAAUUAAUAGCUUACUGGAUGAUGGAAGGAUAUCUUGGUUGCAUCAAUUCUAUGGACAAGGCUUAUGAGAGGGGACAUCAGGUUUUAUUGGAGCUUAUAGAUUGUCAUAUACUGAGAGAAGUGGAGGUUGAUUAUGUUAUGAUGGACGAAAGAACAACACUGAAUUUGGAUGAUGUAGUCAUGGAAAGGGCAACAAUGAACUCAGAUGACUGCUACCGUCGUGGAUUUGGUGGAACAGCCAAUCUGGGAUUAGCUAAUGUGUUCGGGGAUGGAAACUGGAAAGGCCUUGGGAGACUGACGCUAAAGGAUGGCGCAAUGGAAGCACUUUGUGGUGACAAACAAGCGAAAUUAUGUACUUUACUGUUUGAUGGAAAUUCUCUCCACAGAGUAUUUCCUUCUGAUUUCUUUCAGUCACAACAAGAACUUCAGGUUCUUGCCCUUCUCAACCCCACACUGAGCACAUAUCUUUCCUUGUGCACGAUGCAUGAUCUCUCUGUGCUUGUCCUUAGAUUCUGUCACUUCUUGGAGAAGAUAGACCGGCUAGGGGGCCUAAAAUUUGAAAAGUUGACUGUUCUUGAGAUAUCUGGUCCAAGCUCCAUCAGGCAAUUCCCAGAUGAAUUUUUCAAGAGCAUGCCCGAACUUCAAAGCCUCAACCUAUCCUUCCUGCAAAUUAAAUCAUUACCCUCAUCUGUUUAUGAACUUAGUAAUCUAAGCUGGCUCAUCCUUAGAGAGUGUUGUCAACUAGAAAAAUUGGAACGUUUGACCAAGUGUACAAAACUAAUGGUGCUAGAUCUUUCUGGUGCUAAAUCUCUGGCUCUUAUCUCAGACAAGAAACUUUCUGGUUUUAAGGAACUUCAAGUGCUUAAUCUUUCAGAAACAAAGGUUGCCAAGUUACCACUACUUAAUGGUCUGCAAAAGCUCACUCACCUCUCACUAAGAGGAUGUUUGAUGUUGGAUAGACUCUGUGGCAUUAAUGCUGUAACUUCUCUGCAAGUUCUUGAUCUUUCCAAUGCUAGCAGAUUUAGAGAGUUCCACGAUCAGUCCCUGGCAGGUAUUAAGGGCCUUAAGAUCAUUGAUCUGUCUGCAACUCCAAUUAAGAAUCUUCCAGCUAACAUUGGCAGCCCUCGUCAUCUGUAUUUAAAAGGAUGCCGUGAGCUUGAAACCUUGGAAUGCAUACAAAAAGUGAAAGAUCUUGCGACACUUGAUCUUUCGGACUGCACUUCUUUGAAAGAACUGCAUGCUAAGUCCUUUGAGCACAUGUCUUGUCUUCUAAGGCUUGACCUGUCUGGAACUAAGAUUACUGUGGUCCCCGACCUUUCAAAACUUUGCAACCUCCGUCAUCUCUUGCUGAAAAACUGUAGUGAUUUGAGUGAUGUUCCACAAUUAGGGUCUCUAACAAAACUUGUGGAGCUGAACUUGCAUGGUAUUAGAUCCUUGAGGAGAGCUGAUUUCGUGGAGCACAUGAAUCGGCUUCAGAUUCUUGACCUUUCUGGAACGCAGCUUGAACAGUUACCAUCCAGAUCAAGACUCGAAAACCUUAAUGAGCUUUAUCUGAGAGGUUGUCCAUGCUUAAUAGAAGUGCCAGAUUGGUUGACAAAUCUUCCGGUCCUGGAUCUGCCUGCAACUGGAAUCUCUCUUCUGCCAAACAUGAAGAAUCAGGGAGCUAGUAGCAGCAAUAUAGAGGAGCAAAAUCCUUGUGGCUGGGGCAUCUCUGUUUUGCCAGUUGCAAUAGUUGACGGUAAUGAGCAACCUUCUGCAUCUUUUAAUGGUUCUCAAUUUCAACAACUUGUAAAGAAAGACCCCUCAUUGUGGCAGAAAGAUUAUGCACAAUUCCAUUUCGUUGUUCAUCCCAUUGAGGUGCAAGAUAGAAAAGUAAUUGUCUCUUUGUCGAGAGAUGAUUUUGUUUUCAGAGAUACUUACCUAAGAACAAAACAUUUUUAUGAUUUUCAAAUGCUACGGUCAACAGAGAUCCAUGGAUUCCAUGAUUUCCCCGAAGGCCUUGAAGAUGUUCUGUGUCAUACCGACUCUGUAUUUCUGGUCGAUAAUGUUUUAAAAAGCUUAUUAUCCAAUUUAGGGGCAUCAAACCUUGAGCAACUGAAAGGCUGUUGGAUAGAAAGGUGCAGAGAGAUGGAGAGUGUUUUCUGUGAACAGGAGGAAGGAGAGAUUAUGAAACUGAAAAAUUUAGAGGUCUUAUGGGUUUCCAGUACUGGUAAUCUCAAGCAUAUAUACUGUGGGAACUGGCAAACAGGCACCUUCCAAAACCUUAAGCAUCUGUAUCUAGAUGGUUGUCCAAAGCUAUCAACUAUUUUCUCUUCUCCCCAGGUGCCAACAAACCUUCAAGUUUUUCAUAUUAAGUUUUGUGACGAAUUGGAGGCUGUACUUGAACAAGAAUCAGCAGAAUCUAAGUUCCCUAACUUAGUGACCCUGUAUCUGUGGGAACUGCCAAAAUUGAAGACAAUUGGAUGUCCCUUGCCAUCUUCGACAACUGAGAUAAUAUGGGCAUGCCCAAAACUAGAAAAGUUUGGGGAGAAUGUUAAUUGAUAGAUCGUAUGGAUUUCCAAUUUCAGUGAUUUUGAAUUGUUAUUUUAGGCCUCUGGAGUAAUACCAAUCACUGUAGAGAUAUUUUAUGCAAGGAUCCCAGCAGGCUCGAGCAACUCUUGCUCAGUGCAGGGGCACACAUGUUUUUUAUGGCUUUCAACAACGAGCGUGCUGGAGCGGCUAAGCAUUCUAUAUUUCAC